CCUGAGAAAGACUCGCAACGAGCAAUCCCGCGUACAAGUCGCGUUUCUCGGAGUCGUGUCCGCGAGAGAGAAAAACAACCGAUAUCUGCUGUUGGAUUCGUGAAAUAUAGAUAGAGAAAGAGAGGAUAUAGAAGAAGAAGAAGAAGAUCUGGGGUUAUUUCUGUAAAAAGGGAGAGAGAAAUGGGUAGAAAGGAGAAAGGGGCUUUUGCGUUUCUGUUGCUGUUGCUGCUGCUGACAUUUCAAACCUGCUCGGCUGCAGCAAACACGAAGCAAUCCAAGAAAAAGCAGGCCCUAUCACCAUCAUCAUCUUCAUCAUCCUACGGUGUAGAUUCCUCCGUCAUCUUCCGCGUCUCCGGGAAUGUAUACCCCGAGGGGUUAUACUAUGUUUCCAUCAGCGUUGGGGAUCCCCCUAAGCCAUACUUCCUUGAUGUCGACACAGGCAGCGACCUUACAUGGAUCCAAUGUAACGCCCCCUGCGUCAGCUGCUCCAAGGGUCCCCACCCUCUUUAUACGCCCGUGAAGAACAAGCUCGUCUUCUGUAAGGACCCCCUCUGUGCGUCCAUCCGCACCCUCAGCCCUUACAGAUGCGAGAAGCCUCUUGAUCAAUGUGACUAUGAGAUUGAGUACGCUGAUCAGGGUUCCUCUGUUGGUGUCCUUAUGCGGGACACUUUCUUACUCCACAUGGCCAACGGCUCUAUCGUUCAACCCAGUCUAGCUUUUGGAUGUGGGUAUGACCAACAAAGUCCUAGCGCAAGCUCCACUUCUUUGACUGAUGGAGUUCUUGGCCUUGGAAAUAGCAAUUCUGGCAUUGUAUCUCAGCUGCGAGAUCUGGGUCUAGUGAAAAAUGUGAUUGGCCACUGUCUCAGCGGACGAGGUGGAGGGUAUCUAUUCUUUGGAGACAGCAUCAUGCCUUCUUCAGGGGUGACUUGGACACCAAUGUCUCACAACCCAUUGCAUAAAUACUACUCUCCUGGUCCCACAAAUAUCAUCUUUGGAGAGCAGCUUAUGGGUGUUAAAGAUCUUCUGGUCGCUUUUGACAGUGGGAGCUCCUUCACUUACUUUGCGUUGCAGCCAUACCAAGCAUUCGUUUCCACAUUGAGGAAAGGUUUAUCUGGAAAACCAUUGAAAGAAGCGCCUGAAGAUAAAACACUUCCAUUGUGCUGGAAAGGGGCGAAAAAGUUCAAAUCCAUACCCGAUGUCAAGAAAUACUUCAAGCCCUUGAUACUGAUAUUUGCAGAUGGCAAGAAAGCUGUGCUUGAAAUACCUCCUGAAGGUUAUCUGAUCAUCUCCAAGGAUGGCAAUGUUUGCUUGGGGAUCCUGAAUGGCACUGAAAUUGGACUGCAAGAUCUCAACCUCAUUGGAGACAUCUCACUCCAAGAUCUCAUGGUAAUCUAUGACAACGAGAAGCAGCAGAUUGGAUGGGUUCGUGAAAAUUGCGACCGACUCCCCAACGCUGACGGUCAUGGCGAUGAUGGCUUCGAUGGUGGUUUUUCUCAGCCUUAUGUUGCAAGAAUGGGUUUCUUGACAGAUGAGCAUCCUGCAUCUUAUCCCCCCAAAAAAACCAAAUAUGGAUAGAACAAAACAAUAAAGAGAGGAGCUCCAUUCCUCUUUUCUUCACUUGCAAAUAUACACACACACAUUCACAAAUUAUAAAGAGGGGAAACAGGAGCUGCUUUUUCAAAUGCAUAACCAAUGUAGAUUUAAGAUAUUGUCACGAAAAGAAAUACCUGUUGGGUCUGUUUCUAGCUAGUGCUGGCUAACAUGUAUAGGGAUGGUGAUGGAUCUCGACCUCAAAUCACUGUAGGCAUGGGGAAGUAUGUGAUACUAGUAGUAUUAAUGACAUCUGAACCAGUAGCAAUCUUUGUGUAUGAAAAGGAAAGAAUAAAAAACACACGCUAGUAACUUCGCAAAUUGUUGUGUAGUAUGACUUUUUCUUUCCAGUGAAUCAGCUAUCAUCUGGAUCUUAAGAAUGCAUUCUGAAAAAAAUAAAAUCAAAGAGAUGGGUGGUUGUAUAGUA